AUGCGGAAGAAGACGCGGCAUAUAACCCGACCAGAAAGCCUAACUCGGGAAGACCUCCAGGCAUACCGCCAAGCACAAGUUUACAAAGAGCCCCAAACUCUCUCGAUUCAGUUCAACAAGCAGCUCACGGUCGUGCCAGACGUUACGCACAAACACACAGUCCUCGAAUUAGCAAAGGUGACAUCGGAUGCAUACAUCGCUGUUCCUGGCACAGAAGACUGGAUUGAUAUCGGAGGAAAGUGGAACAUCAGCAUGGAUUUUGGAUGGGAUACGGAUGGGCUGAGAGGUCAUGUCUUUGUGGACGAGGAGGAGGAGGUUGUUGUGGUCGGGAUCAAGGGGACGAGUCCGGCUGUGUUUGAUGGACGUGGAACUACCACAAAUGACAAGAUUAACGACAACCUCCUCUUUUCCUGUUGCUGUGCCCGCGUAAGCUGGUCAUGGACCACCGUCUGCGACUGCUACCGCUCAACCUACACCUGCGACCAAACCUGCCUCGAACGCGAGCUCCUCGACGAAUCACGCUACUACAGCGCCGCAAUCAACAUCUUCUAUCACAUCUCAUCCUUAUACCCUAACUCCACGAUCUGGAUGGCAGGCCAUUCACUCGGAGGUGCCAUGGCGGCCUUGACGGGAUUGACAUUCGGAUUACCAACAGUGACGUUUGAGGCACCCGGAGAAAGACUUGCAGCACAGCGUCUUCAUCUGCCUUUGCCGCCUGGAAUGCCGGAUGACGAGGCUGCUGUAUGGCACUUCGGACACACGGCUGAUCCGAUCUAUAUGGGCGUGUGCAAUGGUGCGGGAUCUACCUGCUCACUUGGUGGGUAUGCCAUGGAAACCCACUGCCAUACAGGACUGGAGUGUGUGUACGAUGUUGUCAGGGACAAAGGAUGGAGAGUCGCACUUGGUACGCACAGGAUCAAACAGGUUAUUGACGAUGUUAUCUUGGAGUAUGAUGACGUGCCAAAUUGUGAGAUUGUCGAGGGGUGCGUGGAUUGCUACCAGUGGGACUUUGUGGAUAACUCGACGGAGCCAAACUCUGGCAAGCGAAGAGGGAGGUGA